UAUGAAGUUUCCUUACUUCUGCUUUUAUUUUUAUUUUUUUUCUAUUUUGAGAUUUACCGGUGUGUACUGCAAAAUAAUCCUCCUUUUAAAUAAUCGGCCAUUCAAGACAGAAGGAAAAAUCUUCCAUUUACUGUAACGUUUAAAUGGAUGUGAAAGAGGAGACAUUUGAGGCCGACAUGAAUAUCAUGGAGGAGAGGACCAUAAAUGUUAAGGAGGAGGACUGUGAGUUGGAGUGUGUCCACCCCAAACAGGAGAGUCUGGACAUCAAGGAAGAGGACCGUGAACUGGGGUCAGUGUGUUUUAAAGAGGAAGAUGAAGAAGAGUGUAUCAGCACUAAGAUAAACAACUGUAGGAGUAUGGAGAGUAUCAAGGAAGAUGACCUUCAUUAUGGACAUCAAGAUGGAGCAGUGACCGGGUUAGUCUCUUCUCAUAGCAGACACUCUUCAUUUCUGGAGUCUUCUAUCAAUUUAAAAUAUGAAUCAUUACAGUCUGACACAAAGAUGACUGAAGAAAUUUCAUCUCCUACAACUGAGGAAGGUCAUCCACUACCUAAGACGGACACUAAGGAAGAAGACCGUGAACUGGGGUCAGUGAUUAUGAAAGAGGAGGAUGAAGAGAAGUGUGUUAGCACUGAGAUGGCCAGGUAUAGGAGUAUGGAGAGUGUUGAGGAAGAUGACCUUCAUUAUGGACAUCAAGAUGGAGCAGUGACCGGGUUAGUCUCUUCUCAUAGCAUACACUCUUCAUCUCCGGAGUCAUCUAUCAAUGUAAAAUAUGAAUCAUUACAGUCUGACACAAAGAUGACUGAAGAAAUUUCAUCUCCUACAACUGAGGAAGGUCAUCCACCACCUAAGACGGAUAUUAAGGAAGAAGACUGUGAACUGGGGUCAGUGUGUUUUAAAGAGGAAGAUGAAGAGGAGUGUGUCAGCACUGAGAUGGCCAGCUAUAGGAGUAUGGAGAGUGUCGAGGAAGAUGACGUUCAUUAUGAAUAUCAAGAUGGAGCAGUGACUGGGUUAGUCUCUUCUCAUAGCAGACACUCUUCAUCUCCGGAGUCUUCUAUUAGUGUACAAUAUGAAUCAUUACAGUCUGACACAAAGAUGACUGAAGAAAAUUCAUCUCCUAGAACUGAGGAAGGUCAACCACCACCUAAGAUGUCAUCUGAAACAAAGAAAAAGAAGAAGAUGCCAAAAAUGUAUCCAGCUGGCCAGAAGAGUUUACAGAAAGAAUGUCAACGUGAAGAGGAUGUCAUUGAAAAGAGGAACAAAAGAAAGGGUAGGACUAACAUUCAGAGACCCCACAAAAUUAUAAACCGUAUUAAGGUGAAAGACUGUAAUCCUCAAUAUAUGGACCCAGAUGAAGACUUAAACAGAUUGGGCUCCAGUUUGGGCAGACGCUGCUCCUUGAAGGACAGUAAUGCCCACAAGCCGUCAGAAUCCUCGAAGACUAACACAGUGAGCCCCGAGAAGAAAUUGUGUCCAAAUCAAACUGGAGAAGAUUUUCAAGAGAAUGACAACUUGUCCUCUCUUCAGGAUCGUCCACAAAUUAAACAACCUGAUAAGAAUAGGAAGAAACUGGCAUCUGCAACAAAGAACUUGGUAACGGCCUCUCAGCACCCUAGAUUUCAGCCAAUUGUGAAGCUAACAAGGAUCGAUGCCAUCAAAUCUCAAGGAGCGUACAAUAUAAAUCCAAUCCACCAACAGUGUGUGGGAACAUUUAAAUACAAAUUGAAUUCUAAAGAUAAUGGAGAGAUUCAUGGGAGUAACAAACCGUAUCACUGUCCUGAAGGUGGGAAACAAUUCUCAGAUAGUCACAUGCCUAAGAAACGCAGAGAAGAUAAUACAGGGAAGGAGCAAUGCCACCAUUCUAAAUGUGUUAAGAACUUUUCAAAAAACAGCAAUACCACAACUCCUAUUGUAGAGAAACCAUAUUUGUCUAAACGUGGCAAACGAUUCUCACAAGUUAGCCACCUUCAGACACAUAUGAUUGGUCACGAAGGACAUUGUUUAUGUCGUUGUCCAACAUGUGGUAAACAUUUCUUUGACAGGAGCAGUCUCUGCAGACACAAAAGAAUUCACACUGGAGAGAAACCAUAUUGUUGUUCUAAAUGUGGCAAACGGUUCUCACAAUCAAGCUAUCUUCAGGAACACAUGAGAGUGCACACAGGAGAACAGCCAUUUUCCUGUUCUGAAUGUGGCAAACGGUUCUCACAAGCAGGCCAUCUUCAGACACACAUGAGAGUGCACAAGAUUUUCAGAAACAAGCAAUCUUCUGCGUCAUUUAGGAGCCCACAAUAA